AUGUCGUUCCCGGUCCGCGCGCCCGUGCGGAGGCGUGAUGUGGAUUUCGACGUGGGCGUUCUCCUGGGCCGUGGGACCUUCACCUCCGUCUACCAGGCGGUAGAGAAGGCAACUGGUAAACGUUGUGCUAUGAAGAUCGUUGACAGAUACCGAUGCGAGCGUCUGAAGAAGACGGCGGACGUCUUCAUGGAGAAGCAUUGCCUUCUGCGGACGAACCACCCGAACAUCGUCAAGAUGCUCGGAUGGUUCUCGGACAACACUUGCAUCUACGUGAUGCUCGAGGAGUGCCUGGGCGGAGAGCUCUGGGAGGUGAUCAAAACGGUGGGCUGCCCCAUCCCCCAGGCCCGGCACUGCCUGAAGCAGGUCGUAAACGCGGUGGAGUACCUUCGCCAGGCCCGUAUCGUCCACAGAGACAUCAAGGCAGAGAACAUCAUGCUGACAGAUCUGGCAACGGUGAAGCUGAUCGAUUUCGGCACGGCCAAGGACCUUGAGAAUCCCCAGAUCAAAGGAUCGGGGAAUGCCUCCAGGCAUAAGGUCUUUGAGGACUAUGUGGGAACCCCCCAGUUCAUGCCCAAGGAGGUCAUUGAGAACAAGUGCAGCGACCAGCGCUCCGACAUCUGGUCCUUGGGCUGCACGAUCUUUCAGGUCCUCAGCGGUUGCCCACCCUUCCACGAUCGCUCCGAGUACCUGAUCUUUCAGCGAGUACUGGCCCGAGAUCUUCAGUUCCCGCCUGGCAUCGACGCCACAGCGAGGGACCUCAUCGAGCGCAUGGUCGUGCAGGACCCCGAUGCCCGGCUGGGGGCCUUGGAUUUGGAGGAUCUCAAAGCCCAUCCCUUCUUUGAUGGGGCUUUCGAAAGGGCGCACUUGUUGCCGGUGCCAGUGCCCUCCCUGGCGGCACUCUGCUACCAGCGCCUCGGCAGUCGUCUGGAGGAGUUCCUGGAGCCGCUCGCCGCCUGGGAGGGCGCCGCGCAGCUGGCACCGGCCGUGCGGGAGCAGCUGGAGCGCAUGAAGGUCGCCCACCGCUGGCAGGAGGAGGUGCUCCCGCCCCCGGACGAAUUCUGA